UUGGGCAUGUACGUGCCGGACAGAUUCUCUCUGAAGGCGUCAAGUCAGGAUGGAAUCGGUCUCUACACGGCGAGGCGAGUGAAAAAAGGUGGAGAGAAGUUCGGUCCGUUCGCCGGUGAGAAGAAGCUUCCUGUGGAGCUCGAGGAAAGCUCGGACCGCUGCAUGUGGGAGGUCCGCGGCAGCAAAGGAGACGUGCUGUACAUUAUGGACGCCAGUAACCCGCGACACGCCAACUGGCUGCGGUUCGUCCACCAGGCGCCGUCGGCGGAGCAGAAGAACCUGGCUGCCGACCGCGUUGUCGUCUCCCAGGAUGGAGAGAACAUCUUCUACCUGGCCGUGGACGACAUCGAGACGGACACGGAGCUCCUGAUUGGCUACCUGGACAGUGACAUGGAGGAGGAGGAGGAGGAGGAAGAGGAGGAGCUCGUCAGAGAUGAAGAGGACAACAGCAGAGAAGCUAAACGUCUUGAAAUGGACCUGCUCAUAAAGAAGGAGGACCACCCCUGCCUGCUGUGUGAGAGCAGCUUCCCCAGCGAGGAGGUCCUGGCCUCUCACCUCCAGAGUCUGCACCAGAGGUCCAGCACCGAGGAGAAGGAGUUCAAAUGCAAGAGCUGCGGCAAGCGGUUCCCCAUCAAGCAGGCUCUGCAGCGCCAUGUCCUGCACUGCUCCGAGUCUCUGGACCAAUCAGGCGACUCCAAAGCCCACCAGUGCUCCUUCUGCCACAACACCUUCAGCUCCAUAUCCAGCUUCGAGCAGCACAAGGAGGCCUGCAGAGGAGACGCCCGGUUCAUCUGCAAAGCGGAGAGCUGUGGCAAGAGGUUCAAGAGCAAAGAUGCCCUGAAGAAGCACAAAGGGAACGUUCACACGGGGAGCGCACGGCGGAAGCUCACGUGCACCAUAUGCAACCGAAAGUGCUCCUCGUCCCUGAAUCUACAGGAACACAGAAAGGUUCAUGAAAUACUCGACUGCCACGCGUGCGACAAGAAGUUCAUCUCCACCAACCAGCUGAAGCGGCACAUGAUCACACACUCUGAGAAGCGGCCGUAUACCUGUGAGAUCUGCAGCCGCUCCUUCAAGCGCCUGGACCAGGUGACGGCUCACAAGAUCAUCCACAGCGAGGACAAGCCCUACAAGUGCAAGCUGUGCGGGAAGGAGUUCGCCCACCGCAACGUCUACAAGAACCACAAGAAGACCCACUCCGAGGAACGCCCCUUCCAGUGUGACGAGUGCAAAGCGCUGUUCCGCACGCCGUUCUCUCUGCAGCGCCACCUGCUGAUCCACAACAGUGAGCGGACGUUCAAGUGCGACCAGUGCGACGCCACCUUCAAGAGGAAGGACACGCUCAACGUGCACAUCCAGGUGGUGCACGACGGCCACAAGAAGUACAAGUGCGACCUGUGUGAGAAGGCCUUCGUCACGCCGUCCGUGCUCAAGAGCCACAAGAAGACGCACACGGGAGAAAAAGAGAAGAUCUGCCCGUACUGCGGACAAAAGUUUGCCAGCAACGGCACGCUGAGGGUUCACAUCCGCAGCCACACAGGUGAGCGUCCCUACCAGUGCCCCUACUGUGACAAAGCCUUCAGCAAGAACGACGGCCUGAAGAUGCACAUCCGCACACACACUCGAGAGAAGCCGUAUAAAUGCAGCGAGUGCAACAAAGCCUUCAGCCAGAAACGAGGGCUGGACGAGCACAUGAGGACCCACACGGGAGAGAAGCCGUUCCAAUGCGACGUGUGCGACCUGUCGUUCAGCUUGAAGAAGAUGCUCAGCAGACACAAGCUCACGCACAACCCGAACCGGCCCAUGGCGGAGUGCCAGCUGUGCCACAAGAAGUUCACCAGGAACGACUACCUCAAAGUACACAUGGAGAACGUCCACGGGGAGACGGAGAGCUAGAGCCAAUUAUGGAACCGCCGGCUGGGAACCAUAUCUGAUUCCUCAGAUAAAAGUCUGGCCUUUACGUACUGUACACACAGAUGGACCGAUAGCAGCAAUGUUGUUAUUGAAACAUACAUACGUGUGGAAUAUGGGAAACAUUUGGCCGAGUGUUUAAUAGUAGCAACAUGGGCUGUACUUUGUAAAUCUUUUGUCAUGUUGUUAUGGUUUGAAGCCGUGACUUCUAACCAGUGUUACGGUCCGAGCUGCUGUCCAAGAACACGAAGACCUUCAAGCUCACUUCUCUUCUAGUUUUACUUGUCGAGGUGUUUACAGCUGGAGCCCAAACGUGUUUAAUAUUUAGACUGCGUAGAGCCCAAAGAGCAACACAAUACACGUUUUAAAACAGAACGCUUGAGCCCUGAAAGCCCUAAUAAUAACCAGCUACUAAAUCUGGAACGGCUCACAAGUAAAAGUUAGUAUUUACGUGAGUCAGAGAGUUUAAAACAUGCCCGCCAGAGAAAAGUGUCGUAAUUAUACGUUACUGCAAACCACGGAUACGUUGGAUGUCCAGUAUUUUUCAAGCAAUUACGAAUAUGAAGAGCGAGAAGGUCCGCUCAGGGCGGAUGUUAUUUAUUUACGCUACGUUUCGUUAUGUUAUUAUUUUAAAUUUGUUUUUCUCUCACAUUAAUAAAAAGUCAUUUUGUCCGAUAUUAAAAAAUGUCUUCAUGAAACCUGUUUUUGGUUCAGGAUGGUCCACGUUCCACAGAACUUGUGGUUUGCAGAAACAUACGAUUCCCCCCCAAAAGGUUACCAAACACACACAUGACUUUCACCAAGGUGACCAAUGUGUGAGUCUCCUGUUAACCAAAGGUUCACGUUGAAUUUACACUUUUUACGUGACGUUAUGCAAGAAAGUCCGCUCAGGGCGGUAGCUAUAUAUUUAUGCUAGUCACGUCGUUCGGUUGUUCCGAUACGAUCUUCCGAUACGACGUUCCGAUACGAUUUUCCGAUACGAUUUAGAUACGAUGUUGCGUUACCAUGUUACGUUACCAUGUUACGUUACCAUGUUACGUUACCAUGUUACAUUACCAUGUUACGUUACAUG